CUCUUUCAGAGCCAGGUGGUCAAUAACUCAUUAUAUUACUCGAUCAACUUAAGUAGCCUCCUCAGUUAAAAGUUAAAAACCAUAAAACCCCAAAUCACAAAAAUCCCACCAACUACAAAAAAACAAAUCUCUCUCCUCUCUUUCUCGUUUUGGAAGGAGAAGAAGAACAACCACCCCAUCCCAUCAUCCUCUUUGUCAUUUCUCGUGUGUUCACCAUUGUUGUUGGUUGUUCAACUGCUGCUUAUACUACUUUAAUUACUUCUUUCAUAAACUAUACUAGUAUUAUUACUAUUUGUAUUAUUAAAUUGAGGAAACCAUCUUUGUCUCUCUUUCCCUGAAUCCCUGGCCUUAAAUUAACAAAGUAAUUUCGUGUAUAACGCUCUUUGCAUUCAGUGUUCCUUUCCUGGGGAGGCGUUUUCUGCAACUGGGUUUUGUUAUUUUCUGAUCAGAAACGAAAAAAAAAAAACCCAUCAAGGAUUUAGAUAGUUACUAAUAUAAACAAUCUGAUUCGGCCUUUCUCCAAUUAAAGAAACCAAAAAGCGUGCGUGCAAGUUUGAAUUUUUCUGGGAAUAUAAACUUUUGGGGAAGGUAAACUUGCCAAAUGAGAAGUCUUUUCUUCAAUGUCUGAUUGCUGAGAAGAACCCACCAUGGAUCUGGAAACUGGGAUUGAUCGAAACCAAGUAAAGAAGGAAUCAUGGAGGACAAUUCUGAGUCUGGCUUAUCAGAGCCUUGGAGUUGUCUAUGGGGAUUUGAGCACUUCACCUCUGUAUGUGUACAAGAGCACAUUUGCUGAAGAUAUAGAACACUCUGAGACCAAUGAAGAAAUCUUUGGAGUGUUGUCGUUUGUGUUCUGGACUCUCACACUUGUGCCUCUUCUCAAAUAUGUGUUUAUUGUGCUCAGAGCUGAUGAUAAUGGUGAAGGAGGGACAUUUGCUUUGUAUUCCUUGCUGUGUAGACAUGCCAGAGUGAGCUCACUACCCAAUUCCCAAUCGGCUGAUGAGGAGCUUACAGAUUACAAGAAGGAAAGAGAUACAAGGUCCUUGAAGCCCAACUCCGGUUUCGGGUCAGGCUUGAAGUCAACUUUGGAGAAGCAUAGGGUGUUGCAGAGGUGUUUACUUGUACUUGCUUUGAUUGGCACUUGUAUGGUGAUUGGUGAUGGUGUUCUCACACCAGCUAUUUCUGUGUUUUCUGCUGUUUCUGGGCUUGAGUUUUCUUUGUCCGAAAAGCAUCACAAAUAUGUAGAACUUCCAAUUGCCUGCAUAGUUCUGAUAGGCCUCUUUGCGCUUCAACAUUAUGGCACUCAUAGAGUUGGGUUCUUGUUUGCUCCUAUAGUUCUGGCAUGGCUUCUGUGCAUCAGUGUGAUUGGUCUUUACAAUAUACUUCACUUCAAUCCAACUGUGUACAAGGCACUUUCUCCAUAUUAUAUGUACAAAUUUCUGAAGAAAACACAGAAAGGAGGUUGGAUGUCCCUGGGUGGGAUUUUGUUGUGUAUAACAGGUUCAGAAGCCAUGUUUGCUGAUCUUGGACACUUUUCGCAACUGUCAAUCCAGAUUGCUUUCACCUCUUUGGUUUAUCCAGCUUUGGUUCUAGCAUACAUGGGACAAGCUGCUUACAUAUCUACACAUUACACUAAGGGAGGAAACUCCAACAUUGGAUUUUACAUAUCUGUACCAGAGAAAGUGAGAUGGCCUGUUCUGGUUAUAGCUGUGCUUGCAGCAGUAGUAGGAAGCCAGGCCAUUAUAACUGGGACUUUCUCAAUCAUCAAGCAAUGUUCGGCCCUGGAUUGCUUCCCAAGAGUCAAAAUAGUCCAUACAUCAUCCAAAAUCCACGGCCAAAUAUAUAUCCCAGAAAUCAAUUGGAUGUUGAUGUUGUUAUGUCUGGCUGUUACUAUCGGUUUCAGAGACACAAAGCGCAUGGGUAAUGCAUCAGGUUUUGCAGUCAUCUCUGUGAUGCUGGUCACAACCUGCUUAAUGUCCCUCGUUAUUGUCCUGUGCUGGCACCGGAGCAUCUUCUUUGCAAUUUGCUUUGUGUUCUUUUUCGGCACAAUAGAAGCUCUUUACUUCUCAGCUUCUCUUGUCAAGUUCCACCAAGGAGCAUGGGUUCCUGUUGCUCUUGCUCUGUGUUUUUUCUUUGUCAUGUAUGUUUGGCACUAUGGCACAGUUAGAAAGUACGAGUUUGAAGUUCAGAACAAGGUCUCCAUUAACUGGCUUCUCAGCCUUGGUCCCAGCCUUGGGAUUGUCCGAGUUCGUGGGAUUGGCCUCGUACACACCGAUCUUGUAUCUGGAAUUCCAGCAAUCUUCUCCCACUUUGUUACCAACCUUCCGGCUUUUCACCAAGUUCUAGUUUUCCUCUGCAUCAAGUCUGUCCCAGUCCCACAUGUUAGACCUGAGGAACGGUUUCUAGUGGGGCAAAUUGGUCCAAGAGAGUAUCGACUAUACAGGUGUAUUGUACGAUAUGGAUAUCGUGAUGUACACAAAGAUGAUAUGGAAUUUGAGAAUGAUCUUGUCUGUAGUAUAGCAGAGUUCCUACGGUCAGGAAGCAGUCCUGAUUGCAAUAUUUUGAGUGAAGAUUCUGGGAAAGAAGAUGACAAAAUGACGGUUGUUGGAACACGUUCUACUCAUGCAGACGGGAUUCAGCUGAGUGAGGACAGUGUAGAAAUGACUGCAGAAAUUACUACACUGGGGCAAAAAGAAAUAAGAUCACCGUCACCACCGGUGAGACAGAGAGAAAUAAGGUCACCGCCAAUGCCCCAACGGAGGAAGAAGGUAAGGUUCAUCGUUCCGGAGAGCCCAAAGAUCCAGACAGGUGCAAGGGAGGAACUGCGAGAGCUAAUGGAAGCUAGGGAAGCUGGAAUAGCUUACAUAGUAGGGAACACGUACAUGAAUGCAAAGAAAGGAUCAAGUUGGAUGAAGAGGUUUGCCAUUAACUACGGAUAUGAGUUUUUGAGGAGGAAUAGCAGAACAGCUAGCUAUGCACUAAAUAUUCCUCACGCGUCUACAUUGGAGGUGGGGAUGAUCUACCAUGUUUGAUUUUUGUCAUACAAAUUCUUAUAAUGUGAAUUAGAUUUUGUAACAUUGUGCAAUAGUUGAAGGCCACAGAUUAAUAUGGUGGCUGAAAAAAUAUAUCCAGGAAUUUGGCAGGGUUCAUCAUCCUCCUAUUUUGGGUUUGUGAGAGAAAUGUAGGAUAAAGAAGUAACUUGUUCAGCGGGCCUUUGAGGCAUAGUUAUACACUAUAGAUCCCUAAAUUGCAUACA